AUAAUGUAAUUGUAAAUAAUUGAUAAGUAUAUUGAAAUCAUUAAUAAUGAUGAGAUAUAAUAAUAACGAUUCAUUUCAUAAAUGUUGAUAAUGUCAGUGCAAAACGUUAAUACUACAUUGCAAGUUGCCACGAAGUGAGAGAGAGCAUAUAUUUUUAAUUUUCAAUUUCCAUUUAAAAAAAAUAUAUUAACUUCGAAUUUAUUAAAUAUUAAAUAAUAAUAUUUAAUUAAAUUUCGAAUUUCUUUUUAAUUAUAGUGGAGAGAGAGGGUUAUGGAGAAGAUUAAUGGAGUGAGAGAAAGAUAAUCAUUAAUGAGUAAUAUUAAAUUAUAUUUGUAUAAUAUCUCAUUUAUUCCAACUAACUAUUAACUAUCUAAUCUACUAUUAGCCAAUAAAAAUGAUUUAAAAAUCUCCUUAAACAAUGAGGUUUAAGAAUCGGAUCGGUGAAACCGCCGGGCGGUGGCUGCGAGAAGGUGCUUUGCUUAUCGACUCUCUUUCCUUCCGUGUUAUCUGUUUUGUUUCUCUUCUUCUCCGUUUAUUCUUGUAAAUUUUUCUCCCUCUUUCCGCACUCUUUGCUGCUCCCAUCCGAUCUGUACUUUGGAACACAAGCUGUUACGUUUUUCUGUUAGGGUUUUCGUGGGGGCGAAUCUGUUGAUAUUUAUUCUUCUUCUGAUAAUUCUUCUUCAGCUUUUAGAAGAAAAAAAAAAUGUGGCGGUCCUAUCGGGGAAUGUUGCGGGAACCACCCGCCAGGGCAGCGUGUUCCGGCGAAUAUGGAAAUGCGCUCCGACAUUGGUUGUCCUUCUCCUACAGCGAUGUUGGUUUCGCCGGUCACGAUCAAGUUUCUCCCCAGAUACACUAUCUUACUUCAACUUCAGGCGCCCACUAUUAUGUGGAUCUCUAUCAUCGCGAGAGGGCACUUGGCGCUGUUCCUUUUUAUGGUGUUAGUAGAACGAAGCGUCAUUUAGACCGUGAAGCCAAUGAGGCUACCGUUCUAGCGGAACCAGUACUGCCGCGUGCUCCACCGGAUUUGGGUGUUCCUUGUGGGACUUGGCAAUACCUGUUCAACGAGUGUAAUAAGAAGCAUGGGGAUCUUGUUGCUGCAAAGUGCGAGUACCAGCGCUGUAAACUGUACGAGUGUAAUGCCAACUACUACAAGAACAAUGCUGCUGCUGAUGAUGGUGUUUAGCCUUGCAAACUUUGCAAAGGUGGCCAACUUGAUAAAUAUUUAAACUUUAAUUUACCUUUAUUCUGUUUUUAAGAAGCUUGGUACUGUAUGGUAAUUGGAUGUUGGUAUUUAUUAGUAAGCUGCUCUGCUACUGUAUGGUAAACUUGGACUCUUUAACGCAGUCAGUUUGGCAAGGAUGAGUACCAUUAGGCGUUAACUAACCCCGAUGAAAGCAAGCAAUCUUUCCAUGGCUAGGAUCAACUCUCCCAGCUGUGAAUGGAUUGAUUAGGGAUGACAAUAAUAUCCGUAAUUGUGGAUAUCCGGAUGAUCUAAUCAAAAAGGCAAAAUCCGAACUCGGAGAAUUUUUAGUGGGUAUCGGUAAAAUUCGAAUAUUGAGGGCAAUGGGUAGACAUGGUUUUCUUAGUAGCUAAUCCGAAUCGGCUCGAUUAUACGCGUGCAUAUGUAUUUUGUCUAAAAAUAAUCAUUACUUUUCUCUAACAUAUUUAUAUUUAGCAUACAUGUAUAAUGUUUUCAUGAAAUUGUGUUGUCUUAAUUAAUUUUCUUCGUUCUACUGAUUUAUUGUUGUACUUUCCUCUUGUGUAAUGCGAGUAUACAUGUGACUGUUAACAUAAAGGUUGGAGGUUUUUUUUUUUUUUGUCGAAAGAUAACUCGUAUUACCUAGACAAAAGAGUUACACUAGAGUCACCUGGCUGCACGCAACCAGGACGAUAAAUAAAAACCAACCAGACUAGGAAACAAUGAGAGGCCUUUUCUGGCCACCAAAUGGUCCACCCUAUUCUUAGACCGUCCUACGAAGCGGAUAGAAAACCAAUGCAGACAUCGGAGCAACAUAUGAAUCUCUUCAAAGAUCGCCCCGCCACGAAGAUCUUGACUUCCUUCAAUCGCCACUUUGAUGAGCACCACUUUCGCAUUCCCUGCAAAAACUACUUGUUGAAUACCACAAGACACACACCAGCUGAUGGCAUCUCGAAGCGCCAAUAACUCCAUCAGGAAUGAAUCCACCACACCAUCGUAGACCUUUGCCUAGGCCCCCAACACCAUGCCUGUCGAAUCCUGUAGCACUCACCCCCUGCCCCAUGCGAACCACGAGCAACAACUCCAUCCGAAAAUACCCAGAAUGUCCCAGAUGGGACACUCUCAACCAUACUCCCAACCCCUCCCCUAUGCAAAACCAUAGGGGUAACAACAGGUUGUACUUGCGGUAUCGCCUCCCAUUCUGACACUUAAGAGGUGAGCUGAGACAACAGAACCAAGAUAGAGUAAAGGGUGGAGUCAAAUACCACCUAGUUUUGAGCUUUCCAAAUUUGCCAGAAAAGAGCCACCAGCCCAAGCAUAUCCGAACUAGAGACAUCCCCACGAUCAAAGACCCUCUGACAGAACAAUUCCGUUACACCCCACAGGAAAAGACCCUGAAGAGGAAGAAGCCCUAAGCCUCCCACAUCUCCCGAGCCAGUAUGAUCUCAAAGAAUAGGUGCUCCAACGUCUCCUCCUCCCCAAGACAAACCGGACAAAGAAGCACACCAUGCAUCCCUCGAGUAGAUAACGCUUCCCAGUGGGUAAGAUACGACGCAAAAUUUGCCACAAAAAAGCCCUAAACUUAGG